AUGAGAUUCAGGAAAAAAAAAAAGUGCUAUUUUUUUUUUCGUAAAGACUUCUUACCUGUAAAAUCUUUAAGCCAGCACCUCAACGGAGUAGCGCUUUGUCACAAAGGAUUUGAUCGUUUACUCGCUACUCACUUCUACACGCAGAUAGUCCGACCACAACUCGAAUAUGGUCUAGCUAUUAGUCUACUCAGUGCAAAGGAUAUCCAACAACUGGAAUCUUGUCAAAACACAUGCAUAAGACGGAUAUUUGGUGGCUCUAGUCAAUCAUCAGUAAAGGUGAUGCUUCAUAUGGUAAACCAACCAUCGAUGAAGGUUAGGGUGUCCAUUCUGCAGGCCCAAUUCGUUUUCCAAUUUCUUGAAGAGAAUUUUCAGCAACUACGUGAGGGGACACGCUCUGUUUUGCUUUCCGCUUGCCGCCCCAAUCUGAUUAUUGAUCCGAUACUCUGGUUACCCAUGACACACAGUGAGCGUAGUCAAACUAUUCGAUGGCGUCUUGGUUGGUUACCCGGAGGAAUACCUAAAGCCUGCCCAUAUCAUCCUCAUUUCUAUCGCUGGCCAGUUAUGUGUACCAUCCUACAGGAAAUGGGUUACUUAAUGCACGAUAAACUACCCCCUCCACUUCUUGAUCCAGGCAGAAAAUUACUCAACUGGUUGUCUCUUUAA